AUGAAAAUGAUCCAAAAUGAAUAUUAAAAUAAAUUUUCAAAUUCAAAAGGAUUAAUAGAAUAUUUAAUAGUGAUAUUAAAUUUGGAAGAAUAAUAAAAUGAUUCAGAAAUUACAGAUUUAAAGUUACUUGAAAAGGAGUUUGGAGAAGAUUUUGAAGAAGCUUCUUUACAUUAAUUGAUUGAAAACAUGUAGAAAAUAAUUAUAUUAAUAAAUGAAACAAUGAAAAAAACAAAUGAAGUAAGUUUUAAUCAAUAAUACUAAAAAUUUGAAUUAGAAAAGUAUGAACAUUUUUUGAAAUAAUUUAAAAUAUUAUUAGAAACCAAUAACAAUAAAAAAUUAAUUGUAGUCAACUUAGAAAAAAUAAUAAAUUAGUUAUAAAUAAUUGUAUAAAUUUUGAAUAAGGCACUAAAAUAAAAUUUUGAAAUAUUUCAGAUACUUAUUAUUGAAGAGCUUGGAAAAUUAAGAGAAAUAAUAAACUAAUAAAAUUACAUUUUGUUAAAAUAUCAGGAAAAUAAAAUUUAAUAAAAUAAUCAAAAGAAUUAUAUUAAUAGCAUCAAUAUAAUUUUAAAGAUUUUACAAAUUUAGUAAAUAUUAAUCAAAGAAUAGAAAAACUAUUUAGUCUUAUUUCUAUAAGAAAUUGUAGAUUUUUCAAGUUAUAUUAAUCUUAUAUAGAGUUAUAAUGUAGAAAAAUAGAAAGAUAUAACAAAAUUUUUUAAUUUAUCUUAUUAAAAAUAAAUAAACAACUUUAUCGAAUUAUAAUAUACAAUCAGAAAUCUAAAAUAAGAUAUUUAAGAAAAUGAAAGUUCCCUUAAUUAUUUAGAAAGAAUCUUAAUAGAUUUAUAAUAAGAUAUAACUUAAAUUAAAAAAGAUGGAGGUAAGCCUAAUAUCUAUGAUUUACUUAAUAAAUAAAAAGUCAAAAUUCAAAACCAAUUAGAAGAGAAAAGUUAUAAAUUAUAAGAACUGUUUAUUGAAUAAGAAUUUUAUGUUUUACAAAUUUAUAAUAUUAAUUAAUUAGAUGGUUUAACAUAAGAAAUUGAUGGGGAAUCAAAUUAACAGUUACUCUUAUCAGAUUUUUGGAUUUAAAAAUUAAAACAUAAUAAAAAAAAUGAAGAAUGGAAAAUUAAAGAAGGAUUGGUAUUUGCAAUAAUAUAGAUUUCAUCAAAUUGCUUCACAGAUACAAUUAUUUCAUUUUGUCAAAAAGCCCUCAUUUAAAUUUGGGCUAAAGAAAAAGAUUAAAGAAUUAGAAAUCUAUUAAAAAACAAAAGAAUUAUAAGUUUGCAGAUGCAAUUACUGCAGAAAGAUUGGAAGACUUAACAUGAUAGAAUAGCAGAUGAAAUGUAAAAUAUGCUAAAUAAAAUUGAUGAUUUGUAAGAAUAAAUUUCUCAUGAAAUUAAUCACAAUAAACGAGAUCAAUAAUUGUAGAAAUUAGAUUAAACUACUUAACAACUUGAUGAAUAUAUUGAAAAUAUAAGUGAUAUGGGUUAAUAACUUAAAUUAAUAACAGAUUUUUUAAAUUAUAUAAGAAAGGGUUUAACAAGAUUUGAGAGAAAAAUUAAUAUUAUGAAAGAAUAAUUAAAUAGUAUGGGCAAUGAUAUCAAAUUUUUGAGAGGAAAAUCAGUUGAUUAACUAUUUGAGAUUAGAAAAUGGAAAGUAUUAAAAGAAGCGGCAUAAAAAAAUAUAAAGUCUAUUUAUAUUCCAUUAAAAACUUAAGAAAAAGGUUAAUUGAAUCCUAGUAGUUUAAUAAAUUUAGAAUAAUUUGAUGAUAAAGUAGGUGAGGUAAAUGAAUUUUUGUUAGAUGAGAAGGAGACAGUAUUGUUGAUUCAUGGAGUUGCUGGAUCAGGUAAAAGUACAACAGCUAAGAAAUUAGAAGAGUUUAUUUGGAAAUUGCAUGAUAACAAUAUAAAAAUUAGUAAUCAAAUACUCAUACCUGUUUAUAUUUCCUUACCUUUUUUAAAAAAUCCUGUUUUCCAAGCUGUAGAGGAAACUCUUCACUAGGAUGAAUAUGGUUUUGAUAAUCUCUAAUUAAAAGAAUGUAAAGAAAUGCUUGAGAAGAAAGAGUUUCGAUUCUUAUUUAUAAUGGAUAGUUAUGAUGAAAUGAAAUUAGAGAAUAUUAAAAAAAUUUAUAUUCUACUAACAAACUUAAUUAAAAUUGGUCAAAUCCUCUGGUUAUUUUUACUACAAGGAGUGAAAUUCUUACUACUAGUAAUUAUAAAGAAUGGUUUGUGCCAGAAGAUAAAAAAUAAAUAAAAGAAGUUUAGCUUCUAAAAUUUGAUGAAAUGUAAAAAAAAGAAUAUCUAACAAAAUUCACAUUAUUAAGUAUUAAAGUCCUUGUUUUUGAAAUAUAUGAAUGGCAAACAUAAAUGAAAUAUCAAAGUUCUAUUGAUUUCUAAAAUUUUGAAAAAAGUUGGGAAAAAUUACACGCAGAAGUUUUGAAACAAUUUAUAUCAAAUGUAAAUUCUGAGUCACUAUUGAACCAAAAAUAAAUAGAAAAUAUUUUCUUGUUUUUGAAAAAUGAUAAUCAUAUUGCUUUAAAAAGUAUUGAAGCUAUAAGAAGUCUUGGUUUUAAGUUGUAAAAACUAUGGAGUGUAAGAAAGUAUGAAAAUAUGAUAAAGAUGAUAAACUUGGAUAAAUUAAUACAAACCCCUUACAUGAUGGAGAUAAUUGUUUCAGUAUUGCCCUUGAUGAUGGUGAAAAAAACUGAAAUUAUCAACUUAAAAUAAAACUUUAUUAAGAAUUUCUCAAAAAUGUAUAGAGAAUUAUUAAAAAGUGAAUACCUAAUUAAAAUGUAUGCUAAUCAUAAUUAAAAUUAAGAAGCUAGUAGACUAGAAAUGUAAUUUAUUGAAAAAUAUGACUACAUUUAAACUGCAAUUGAAAUUUGGAAUAAGAUGGAAGAAAAUUAAAUUCCAAAUCAAUUUUAGAUAUCUUAAGAAAUUAAUGAACUAAAUAUAAAGUUAAUCAAGAUAUUUUAACACAAUUAUAAAAAUAUUCUAGGAAUAAAAGAUGAAAUUAUUUAAAAAGUAUAAAUAAACUUUGAAAGAUUGAUUGAGUUGAUAUGUGAUGCAUUAAAAGAAUAAAAUCUCACCAGUUAUGACUUUUAUGAUGAGUUUAUAAAAUAAUAUCAUUUGAAAUAAAUUGAAAAAUAGAGGAAUUUAGGAAAAUCUAUUAAUACUGACCGUUUUCUUUAUGAUCUAUAUAAAUAUUCAAUAAAGCUGGCAAAAUAAAUGAGCAUUAAAGAAGUGACUUAAGUUUAAUAUAAAUAAUAAGGGUUAUUGUAUAAAGUUGAAAAUGAGGAAGAAAAAUGGUUAAAUGAAUUCUUUAAUGAUGAUGGUUAAGAUGGAUCUUAUAAAAUAGAUAUUAGAAGUUGUUCAUUAAUCUAAUAAAAAGGAGCUAACUUUUAAUUUGUUCAUAAAUCUAUCUAGCAAUUUUUAAUUUCAGCCGACCUGUAUGAAUUAUUAGUAUUGUCAAAGGAUCUUGAUGUGAAAAUAUUUAGCAAGUUGAUUAAAAUUUUCAUAUACGAGAAAGUUAUAGAUUGUUUAGGGUUUCUUUAAAAUGAUGUAAAUCAAAAUCAUUACAAAUUCUGUAUUUAGCUAGAUAAUUUAUCUCUCUAUGAUAAACAAUAGAAAUUGAAUAUUAUAGAAAACAACAUAAAGAAUAUUACUAAUAUUGUAAGAAUGUUAAAAUAACAUGACCUAAAUUUAAUUAAUUAUUCCGCCGAAAUUUAUGUGGAAACUAGAAAACAAUUAAUUUAAUAGAUAUAUUAAGAAAAAAAUAUUAUAGAAUUCUUAAAAUUUAUUGUUCAUCUCACAGCAUUUGAUCAAAGUUUCAUUCAAAGUGGUUCUAAUUUUCUUAAUUUAUUAGUCGAAAUGAAAGUUGAUCUGACUAACCUGUGCUUUAGGAAUAUCAAGAUCAAAAAUACUUCUUUAAUAGGAGCUAGCUUUGUUAAAUGUGAUUUAAGUGAAUCUUAAUUUGAAAAUGUAAAAAUUAAUGGAAUUAAUUUGAACGGUGCGCAAUUAUUCAAUUGCAAAUGGAAAAAUCUGUAAAUGAAUGAAUUGCAUAAGUUAGAAGGACAUAGUAGCGAUGUCAAUUCAGUAUGCUUCUCUCCUGAUGGCACUAUGUUAGCUUCUGGUAGUGCAGAGAAGUCCAUCCAUUUAUGGGAUGUAAAGACAGGAAAAAAGAUAUCCAAAUUAGAAGGGCAUAGCCAUUGGGUGAAUUCUGUAUGCUUCUCUCCUAAUGGUACACUAUUGGCUUCUGGUAGUUGGGAUAAUACAAUUCGUUUAUGGGAUGUAAAAACAAAUUAAGUAAAAUUUAAACUUGAAAAAUAAACGUAGUAUAUAUAAUCAGUUUGUUUCUGUCCAGAUGGCAAUACAUUAGCAUCUGGAGGUUCAGAUAAUACUAUUGACAGGACAAGAAAAAUCAAAAUUAGUAGGACAUAAUGAUAGUGUUUUCUCAAUAAGCUUUUCCCCUGAUGGUACUAAAUUAGCAUCUGGUAGUGCUGAUAAAUCUAUUCGUUUAUGGGAUUUAAAAACAGGAAAGGAAUAAUAAAAAUUAGAAGGACAUAAUGAAAGUAUCAAUUCAGAGUGCUUUUCGCCAGAUGGUACUACAUUGGCAUAUAGUUGUAGGGAUUGCACUAUCCAUUUAUGGGAUAUAAAGGCACAAGUAGAAAAAUAUAAAUUAGAGGGACAUAAUUCUUACGUCUUAUCGGUAUGCUUCUCUUCUGACGGAAUAAAACUAGCAUCUGGUAGUUGGGAUAACACUAUUCGUUUAUGGGAUGUCAAUACAGGACAAGAAAACUCAAAAUUAGAAGGAUAAAGUGAUGGCAUCUAUUCUGUAUGUUUCUCUCCUGAUGGUACAAUAUUAGCAGCUGGAAGUGCUGAUAAAUCUAUUCGAUUAUGGGAUGUAAAGACAAAACAAGAAAAAUUACAAUUAGAAGGACAUAGUGAGAAUGUAAAUUCAGUAUCCUUUUCUCCGGAUGGUACUAUAUUAGCUUCUGGAAGCUCUGAUUAUAUAAUUUGUUUAUGGGAUUUAAGGAAAGGACAAAAAUAGUCAUCAUUAGAAGGACAUAGUGAUAGUGUUAUUUCGGUAUCUUUCUCUUCUGAUGGGAUUAUAUUGGCAUCUGGUAGUAGGGAUAAUACUGUCCAGUUAUGGGAUAUUAGAAGAUUAUAAGAGAAAUUUAAAUUAGAAGGACAUAAUAAUUUUGUCUAUUCAGUAUGCUUUUCUCCUGAUGGAAAUACCUUAGCAUCUGGUAGUUGGAAUAAUACUAUUCGCUUAUGGGACGUUAAGAAAGGAUAAAGGAAAUUACAAUUGAAAGGGCAUAUAAAAUAAGUAUAAUCACUAUGCUUUUCUCCUGAUGGUACUAUUUUAGCAUCUGGUGGAUGGGAUAAUGCUAUUCGACUAUGGAAUGUUAAGACAGGAGAAGAAAAAUUUAAAUUAGACGGACAUGUUAAUUAAGUUCUUUCGGUAUGCUUCUCCCCUGAUGGUUUUACAUUAGCAUCCAGGAGCGCAGAUAAAUCAAUUCGUAUAUGGGAUAUAAAGGAUGCAUUAUCAAAUCAAAUUUCUAUCCAUUCUAAUUAAGAUAUACUAAUUUAGAAUUCAGAUUAUUAAGACCCAUUAGGAAUCAGUAAAAUUAAGUAUUAGUAAUAUUUUAGUUAGUAAUAUUCUUACAAUUGUACUUAUUUCCCAACAAGGACUUUUAGAAGCAUAAGGAACGCAAAUACAAAAAGGUUCAUUCACCAAUCAUUUGGGAAUGGAUAUGAGAAUUCAUUUUAAAAAAAAGGGAGCCCAUCUAUUGGAACAUUUGCUAGAGUCAGAAUAAAACGCAGUUUAAAUUUGA